GGUAACACUGUGUUCCGUCCGUAUUCAUCUCAUCGUCGGCCGCUCUUGUGCUCUUUUUUGAUAUUGUACCAUCAUCUGUGUUUCAUGACUCUUUCCAUUCGCGUUUCUUAACCCAUCUUUGUGCUUGUUCCAUCGGAAGAUGUAGAAAAGCGGUCGAGAGCCUGGAUUACGCUACAUAUCGAAUGCUGUGAGACUGUGCUUGGGGAGCGUGGGACGAUUCUGGUGAUUUGAGGUUGGAGGAGAGAAGGACGACGACCAGCGGCGGAUUCAUCGGGAAACUCGAUUCUGAGUCCGAGACUCAUCGCCAUCGCGUGUGACAGAGGUUUAGUCCGUGUUUUAUCGCUACGGGCGCGCGAAUACCAUCUCUGCGACUCUGCACUCGCUGCAAGAGACGCUCACAUACGCGGAUAUGCUACGCUCCAUCAUCCGGCGCCUGGCGUCUGACCAGCCCGAGUCCGUCAACGACUACAUUGGCGUCGUGGUACCGCUUGAAGAAGCCCACUUGCAUAGCCACUCGGCCCGGACUGGCAAAUGCGAAUUCGAGGAACGGCCGAGUGAGGACGAAGACGAUGACGCAGAGGAUGACGGCAAGGACCAGAGUGAGAGCGCGGGGAUGCUGGAGAUGAGCGCCGCCGAGUACACCAUCGAGGGUCUCAGAAAAGAGGUCAGGAGAGGUGGGCAAGGGCGAUGGACUGAGUAUGAGUUAAAAUCGAAGCUCAUCAACAAGGCGAUUCAGGAUAUUGGCAUGGGGCGGUAUAACUGGCAGCUCUUUGUCCUUUGUGGAUUUGGCUGGUUUGCGGAUAAUUUGUGGAUGCACGGUGUUGCACUCACACUCCCUUCUCUGUCCGCGGAGUUUGGCAUCUCAGAACAGCGUGUACGUUACACGACGUCGUCCAUUUUCCUCGGACUCUGCUUCGGUUCCUUUAUCUGGGGCAUCGGCUCUGAUGUCUUGGGUCGUCGUAUCGCCUUCAACCUCACGCUUCUCAUCACCGGUGUCUUUGGCAUUUUGUUGGCUUUCGCACCGACAUGGGGCUGGGUGAACUUCCUCUUCGCGGCCCUCGGUUUUGGCGUGGGCGGAAAUCUGCCAGUGGAUGGCGCGCUGUUCCUCGAGUUCUUGCCGGACGCGUCGAGCAGCCUGCUGACAUUGCUGUCGGUGUGGUGGCCGGUCGGGCAGCUGUCUUCGUCGCUGGCGGCGUGGUAUUUCAUUGCCAACUGGCCUCCCGAACAGGGAUGGCGGAGAUUCGUUUUGACUAUUGGGCUGAUUACAUUCAUCAUGUUUGUUGUUCGGUUCUUCGUCUUCCGAUUAUUUGAAUCUCCGAAGUUCUUGCUCUCUAAGGGGCGUCAGUCCGAAGCUAUUGCCGUCGUGCAUGGCAUCGCCUCUCGUAACGGCGUAAAGACUUGGUUGACUGAGGAAGUCCUGGACGCAGUAGUCGAUGGCGUGGCAGACGAGGAUGAGGACCAUUCAAGAGGUGGCCGCUCGGGAGUGUUCCGCGGGUCCGGCGUCGCCGCAAACGCUCUCCGCGAGAGAAUGAAGGCGUUUUCCGCAGACCGACUUCGACCACUCUUCAAGACUCGAACCCUCGGUCUCGCCACUGUCGUAGUCUGGUUCGUUUGGGCGACUAUUGGCAUGGGCUAUCCCCUCUUCAACGCCUUCCUCCCGCAGUACCUCUCCCAUGGCGGUGCCGCCCCUCCGCCCGAGGACUCCCCAGAUGCAGGAGCGACACCAAUCACGCCAGACACAUAUCGAACCUACGCAAUCACCUCCGCCGUCGGCGUGCCAGGCAGCUUGUUGGCAGCCUACCUAGUCGACCAGAAGUCCCCCUGGCUCGGGCGCCGCGGCACGCUCGCCUGCUCGUCCUUUGUCUCAGCCGUCUUCCUCUUCAUGUUUGUCAAGUUCGGCACCUCGCCCGCCUCGCAGCUCUUCUUCUCCUGCGUCGAGGCCUUCUCCCAGAACAUCAUGUACGGCGUACUCUACGCCUUCACGCCGGAGAUCUUCCCCGCGCCGGUGCGUGGGGCCGGAACGGGCGUGGCGAGCUUCUUGAACAGGGCCAUGGGGCUUUUAGCGCCGUUGUUGGCGGCGAAUAUGCCCGGGGAUGGGGUCACGACGCCGAUUUAUCUGUCUGGGGCAUUGAUUUUGGCGGCGUUUGUCGGGAUGUGUCUGAUUCCUAUCGAGACGAGGGGUCGGCAGAGGCUGUGAUUGUUGGGCUGUGUAAUCCUAAGAUUCAAGAAGGUGUGGAAGUUUCCUGAUAUACAAAAAUCUCUUAGAAGCAAGCUUUGAAGACCUGCGGUUGAACAACGAGUGCCUAGGUCUUUCUUGUUCUACAUGAUCUACAUCAAUACCUUCGCAAAAGCAUCCCCUAGCCCGCGUUCCAUCAACCACCCUUCCACAGCCUUCAUGUCGCCCCUGUUCGCCCUCUGUCCUCUCCUCUCACCUACAGAGUCUGUAAUCUCUGACAUGUCCGCAAACACUCUCUUCGAAAUGUCCUUUUCGCGAUGCCUCUCGCUAACCUUUUUAUGAUGCGCAGGGAUAUCGCCCCAGCUCUCCGUCUUGAUGAACUUCAUGUAGUCGUCGAUGCUCUGCGACCCGCCCUCCAGGCACAACAAUCCCGGCUUCCCGGCGUAGAGGAAGCCCGUGAGGUGGUACGCGGGCGCGUUGAUGAUGAAGUCGUCGCGCUUGGAGCGGGUUGAGAUGGAGGGGAAGUAGAACCACACCCGCACCAUGGGACCUGCGUCGGCGGUGUCAGCAGCAUUGGAGACUGCUGAUUCAGCUUCUGCUGCUGUUUUUGCUUCUUCGAGGUAUGCGACUGCUGUUUCGUUUAUUGCGUCUAUAAUGCUGAAGAGGUCAUCGUCGCCGUCUGGGAUUUGGGCGUUGAGGUGGGCGGUCGCUGCGCGGUUGAGCCAUGAUGGUUGGAGGAUCCGGACUCUUAUCCGGGGCGCUUCUUCUGGUGGUUCGUCGGCUUCGUAUGAGAAGGGUACAUUGAUGUCUAGUUGCAGGGUUUUUGGCGAUGAGGGGUCUUGGUCCGGUUCCGGGACGGCGAGGGUGAGUAAUAUGGUCACUGUUGGUGCGCGGCUCAAUGACGGAUUUGUGGUUUCACUGCCUUCUUCAAGAUGCGAUUUGAGGAGCUGUAGAAAUUUUUCAGAUUCCUUGUCGAUUGAGACCUCAUCUUCUGUGGGGUACAUUGCUGUGAGGAGGUCGAUUUGGCCGAUUUGGUGUUCGAUCAGGUCGGGUGGUAAGAGGUGCCAUGAUGACGCGGCUGCCAUUGUGAAUUAAUAGCUGUUAACUAGCCGUUAAAUCUUGAACUUCGCGACUGCUAGUUCCAGUACCUUGGUCCUCGUGAC